AUGCCGGCUCUGUUCGUAUUGAUCGGCUAUGAUUUUGAUUUCAGCACGGUUGAUUACGCACUCGCAUUACGCGGUAUGAUUGUGCUAGCGAUUGGUAUCUGUCUACGAAUAUUGUGCUGCUAUAUUCUGACGUUUGGUGCGAAUUUCAAUCGCUCUGAACAAAUAUUCGUCAGUUUGGCAUUCAUAUCAAAGGCUACAGUACAGGCCGCCUUGGUACCACAACUGGUUCAGCUAACCGCCGGCACACAAUAUUCCACUCAAUCGGCGAUCAUCCUGGACACCUGCGUUUUCGCCAUUCUCAUUACGGCUCCAUUCGGUCAACUCAUAUUACGCGUGCUCGGUCCAAAAACUUUGAAAACAUCGCGUUGUCGGUCUCCAAAGCAAGCACCAACGAAACAACAACAAAAACAACAACAUAUACAACCAACAAUCGUGUGGAUACAAUGCGACUGA